CUGCGGGAAACUCCUAAGACUUUUUUUCGCAAACUCUGGGGUGUCACGAAGCGUCAUAAUCACCGCCCCCAAGUCUAGUCUGCCGUUCCACUGCACUGUCAGUCGCUGCGUUUGCACAGCUCCCCAUUUGGAGUUCCUGACCCCCAACCCUAGGCCAGUCUGUAAUACCCACAUUCUCCUUCCUCUUGAGGGAGAGCACCCCUCACCCUUUGUUCACUCCGCUGGUUAUCCACCCCAUCCUGAACCCAGCAGUGAUGUGGAGGUGGAGACCCUCAGGAGCCCCGGACUUCACCUGAGCUACCUCAGUGGUCACCAAGGGUGGCAAGAAAAGGAAGAAAGCCCUGAGUUGGGUGGGACCAGGAUGCCUGACCGGGACAGCUAUGCCAACGGCACUGGGAGCAGCGGUGGAGGCCCUGGAAACGGUGGCAGCGAGGAGGCCAGUGGGACAGGGGCAGGCAGUGGCGGGGCCAGCUCAGAUGCCAUCUGUAGAGACUUCCUGAGGAAUGUGUGCAAGCGAGGCAAGCGUUGCCGAUAUCGCCAUCCAGACAUGAGUGAGGUAUCCAACUUGGGGGUGAGCAAAAAUGAGUUCAUCUUCUGCCAUGACUUCCAGAACAAGGAGUGUAGUCGCCCAAACUGCCGAUUCAUCCAUGGCUCCAAGGAGGAUGAGGAUGGCUAUAAGAAGACAGGAGAGCUUCCCCCUAGGCUGAGGCAGAAAGUUGCAGCAGGCCUGGGCCUUUCUCCGGCUGACCUACCAAAUGGCAAGGAGGAGGUCCCUAUCUGCCGGGACUUUCUCAAAGGUGACUGCCAGAGAGGAGCAAAGUGCAAGUUCCGUCACCUACAACGGGAUUUUGAAUUUGAUACUCGGGGUGGAGGAGGCACUGGUGGUGGGGGCUCAACAGGCCCAGUCCCCCCAGGACGACGUCAUGAUCUCUAUGAUAUCUAUGACCUCCCUGACAGGGGCUUUGAGGACCAUGAGCCAGGCCCCAAACGCCGGCGAGGUGGAUGCUGCCCCCCAGAUGGCCUCCAUUUUGAAUCGUAUGACUAUAGCCUGGCUCCACCCCGAGGGGUAGAGUGCAGACUGCUAGAGGAGGAGAAUGCCAUGCUCAGGAAGCGGGUAGAGGAGCUAAAGAAGCAGGUCAGCAACCUUCUGGCUACCAAUGAGGUACUCCUGGAACAAAAUGCCCAGUUCCGCAAUCAGGCCAAGGUCAUGACCCUGAGCUCCACUGCACCAGCAACUGAGCAGACUCUGGCCCCCACUGUGGGUACUGUUGCCACUUUUAACCAUGGUAUUGCCCAGACUCAUACUACGCUCAGCAGUCAGGCUCUACAGCCUCGGCCUGUGUCUCAGCAAGAACUGGUGGCCCCCGCUGGAGCUCCAGCUGCUCCCCCAACUAAUGCUGCACCUCCUGCUGCUCCGCCACCCCCACCCCCACACUUGAACCCAGAGAUAACACCACUAUCCGCUGCUCUGGCUCAAACAAUUGCCCAGGGAAUGGCUCCCCCACCUGUCUCCAUGGCUCCUGUGGCUGUAUCUGUGGCCCCUGUGGCCCCCGUGGCUGUAUCGAUGGCUCAGCCCUUGGCAGGAAUCACAAUGAGCCACACCACCACUCCCAUGGUGACUUACCCCAUCGCUUCCCAGAGCAUGCGUAUUACAGCCAUGCCACACUGAUGGGGCUAAUGGACACUCCCCUGGUAUAGCCUCCCAGGGCUGGGAUCCAGGGUCCUUACCCACCCACUUGCCUAGCCGUCCCAGGCCCUGUCUCAAGGGCUUAUUCAAGAACUAGGACAAGAGACUACAAAAGAGUUUACUUCUGAGAAGGGGUUGGGCUGGUGGGUUUUCUCUCACCUCCUUUUUAUGAGGGUUCUCUUGUCCAUCUUCAAGUUUCACAGAGGGGGCUUGCAUAGGAGUGCACACCGCAGCCAGCAGAGAGGAAGGACUGACUGAGGGACUGUAUGUCCCCUAAUUGGAAGAUGGCAACAUGCCUGGUCUUGUCCUCUCUUUUGCACAGCACAGGUUCCAGCACUGGCUUUGGAAGAAAAAGUGCCCUGCCCAGAGGGAAAGCCAGGAAAGGUUGGGAAGUGGGUGGCCAGGUGAGAAGGCCUGGUAGGAACCUUCAGACAAUUUGGGGUGUAGUCGAGUUGGGCAGUAACUGCGCCUGGGCCUGUGGGAAGGCGGGGACCAUAGUACUCCGGCCCAAAGAUGAGGGGAGCUUUCAUUACCUUGGUUUGGCCUGGAAAUUCAUAGGGCAGGGCCCACCACUUUCCAAAGAAAUAAACAAUUAUUUUUAACAAACAGAGGCAGUGAAAACUUGCUUAGAUAUCCUGUGUGGAAGAUGGGAGUAGUAAACAGAUGUCACGCCAAAAUGGGGAUGAAGACCCUCCCCUCACAGAACUGGGAUAAAGUUAGGUGGAGACCACUGAAGAAGAGUAGGGACUCAGAAUAAGACCAGAUGAGACUUUGGGGAAGGCACUUCAUGGGGUAAAAGCAUUGGAACCACCUAGUCCAGUGUAAAAAUAGUCCCAUCUGUUCUAGUUUCUAUCUGCAUAUACUAUUCCCAGGUUGCUUUAGUAACCAGGGCUCCUAGGGUCAUGUAGGGGGGCAGGUACUAAGGAGGGUGGAUAUGCUGGGAAAUGGGAGUGGAAUAUGUAUUAGCAGAUCCUUAUUCAAACAGCAGGGAGGGUGGUGGUUGCACUCUUGAGUUACCAGUGGCAGUUAAUAUUCCUCCUACCCACCCCCGCUCAGUUACCAGUGCCUUAAACUUUCAAGGUUCGGGAGGUGCUGGCAAAAAGUUCUGGGGGUGUCAAUCUCAGGGUUUGUCCCUUUCUUCCCUCUGCUUCCAUGUAGGACCACAGAGGUGUUAAAUGUAAUUAAGAGUUUGUCGUGGCAGGGUGGUUCAGUUGAUAACUGUUGUCCUCAUACACCAAGGUUGUGGGUUCAAUCCCCAGUCAGGGCACAUAUACAAGAAUCAACCAGUGAAUGCAUAAAUAAGUGGAGCAACAAAUGGAUUUCUCUCUCUCUCUCUAAAAAUCAAUAAAUAAACUAAAAAAAAAAAAA